UCACCAAUAGAAAGUCUUUCUGCUGUUUGUCUUUCAGACUGCCUGCAGAAUUAUGUUGGAAAAGAGGAGGAUUUCUCUGACCAGCAGCUCUAUGAACAGGAGAGGAAUUCCAGUUUGGACCAAGAGGAACCAGAAGCUCUGCAGAUAAAAGAAGAGCAGAAAGAACCAGAACAUCCCUGGACAAAAGAGGAAACCAUGGAGCUCCCCAUUAGUGAGCAGAAAGAGCAGCUUGUUCUGAAGGAAGAGACGGAAGAGAAACCCUUCCCAUGUUUUACAUGUGGAGAACACUUUCUUAAAAAAGAUCAUUUAAUUGAUCCAAUGAGAACUCACACAGACCACCUUCAGGAUGAUGUUGGAAAAGAGGAGGAUUUCUCUGACCAGCAGCUCUGUGAACAGGAGAAGAAUUCCAGUUUGGACCAAGAGGAACAAGAAGCUCUGCAGAUAAAAGAAGAGCAGCAAGAACCAGAACAUCCCUGGACUAAAGAGGAAACCAUGGAGCUCCCCAUAGGUGAGCAUGAAGAGCAGCUUGUUCUGAAGCAUGAGACUGAAGAUACUGGAGAUGAACCUUUCCCAUGCUUAACAUGGGGAGAAAACUUUCCAACAAAAGAACAUUUAUUGGAUCACAUGGGAAUUCACACAGGUGAGAAGCCUUUUGAAUGUCUGUCCUGUGGAAAAAAAUUCAAAAAGAAAUAUAAUCUUGAUAGACACAGCAGAAUUCAUACAGGUGAGAAACCUUUUCCCUGUACAAUUUGUAAAAAGAAUUUUACUGAAAAGGGUAAUUUGACCUCUCACAUGAGAAUUCACAGAGGUGAAAAGCCUUUCUCCUGUACCAUUUGUAACAAGAAUUUUACUGUAAAGUGUACUUUGACUUCUCACAUGAGAAUUCACACAGGUGAGAAGCCUUUCUCCUGUACCAUUUGUAACAAGAAGUUUAGUAAAAGGAGUCGUUUGACUUCUCACAUGAAAAUUCACACAGGUGAGAAGCCUUUCUCCUGUACCAUUUGUAACAAGAAUUUUAAAGAAAAGAGUAAAUUGACUUCUCACAUCAGAGUUCACACAGGAGAGAAACCUUUCUCCUGUACCAUUUGUAACAAGAAGUUUGCUCAAAGGACUAAUAUGACUAUGCACAUGAGAAUUUGCCCAGGUCAGAUGCCUUUAUCCUGUACCAUUUGUAACGAGAAGUUUAGUAAAAGGAGUCGUUUGACUUCUCACAUGAAAAUUCACACAGGUGAGAAGCCUUUCUCCUGUACCAUUUGUAACAAGAAUUUUAAAGAAAAGAAUAAAUUGACUACUCACAUCAGAGUUCACACAGGAGAGAAACCUUUCUCUUGUACCAUUUGUAACAAGAAGUUUACUCAAAGGAGUAAUAUGACUAUUCACAUGAGAAUUCACACUGGUCAGAAGCCUUUCUCCGGUACCAUUUGUAAAAACAUUUGACUGAAAAGGGUAAACUGACUUCUCACAUCACAGUUCACACAGGUGAGAAGCCUUUCUUCUGUAUCAUUUGUAGCAAUAAGUUUACUAACAAGAUUCAUUUGACUUCUCACUAGGGCUGCAACUAACGAUUAUUUUAAAAAUCAAUGAAUCGGCUGAUUAUUUAUUCGAUUAAUCGAUGAAUCGGACAAAA